AAGAAAAAAAAAAAAAAAAUUAAAUAAAAUAUUAUCAGCAGCAACAGCAGCGAAAUAAACAGAACCAAGGCAAGCGUGUGAACUCAAUCUAGGAGCAAUGGCCGGGGAUCCACAGCUGGUAGUCGGGUUGAGCGUGGCUGUGGAUACUGGGUCGCGCGGUAAGAGAAACCGUCCAGCGUUGAAAGCCGGAGUCACUAGUCAUGGACCUAAGCAGGAAGAUGACCUCAGGGUUCAUGGCAUGGCGAUCGAGGCCCAGUUCAUGACCCUCAUCAGGAGGCGUGGGCCAACGAGACCAGUGCUGGAGAUAAGCAAGGGUCUCUGCACGGCAGUUUGGGGCAUGAUUGGCAUGGUUCUGGGGAACUGAUAAGGAUAAGGUAGAAGAUCUGGAGAAGUAACUCCGCGGGAUUGUAGAUGGGAAGAAGGAUGACUGUUUGUGUAUUUCCGGGGGGGAUGUGGGCGUUGAGGGAUAGGGAGGGGAGGAAUGGUAGAGAGAGAUUGGCG